AUGCUUUCUUUACAUUCAAGACGGCUAUUCUCCUCCUUCCGUACAUUAAAGAACCAGGUACCUCCUACACAUUUUUCUGAUUCUAAUCCUACGAGAUAUACACCACCGAAGACUCAUUUCCAUGAUCAACAUAUAGAAUCCAAACAAUUACCCGAGGACUCAUCCCACAACACCAAUGAAAAACCUAUAAAGGAACUUACUGUCCUUUUAACCAUGGUAACGCUAUCCUUCUUUGCGAUAGACAAUUACCUCAAUCGUAUCAAGGCAGAGAAACAUGUAAAUGAAACCGUCAUGAUAAACCUCAAUACUUUAAAAUCCCAACAAGUGAACUUCAAUAAUUUAAAUAAGAGGAAGAAUUUACAGAUCUUAGCAGAGAGAAAGGAAAAUAACAAGAAAUUGGCUAAAAUGGCUGUACAUAUAGCCUUGUUAAGAAAGCAACUUAAAGAGGCAGGCCAUGACCCAGUCAGUAUUGAAUAUGUUUUGCAACAAUUUGAUACACAAGUAAACGUUAGCACAUCCAUUACCAAUGUCACCGACCAAGUACAUUACGUAAAGGAUACUUCAGAUUUAAAGGAAUAUCUUCCCAAUCUUCAUGAUUACGAAAGAACAACAAAUAAUAGACGAAAUGAAUAA